AUGGAUGUGACCGCGGGCUUCUUCGGCAAGCUGCGGGAGCUGGCCGUCACGGUGGAGAAGGAGGUGAAGCAGCUGGAGCGGGCCAUGCGCGGGGAGGACGCCGACUAUGAAGAUGAAUCUCCGCUGGCAGUCCUGCAUGACCUCCAUGGAGAAAUCAAGACUCAGAAGCAAGAUGUUAGUGCCAGUCUUGGUAAGAUUUGCUCUGAAAAAAAAGCAGUUCAUGAAUUUAUGAAGGCAAGUGAAAUCUUGUUGCAAAGAAAUGCAGCAGAUCUUGGAAAAAUAAGAGAGCUGUUCCAGAAAUAUGGCUACAAACCACAUGUCAAUGACUCUACAGAAGAGGAGGAUGAAGCUAAGAGUGAAUCAGCAAUGUGUGCCCAGAAUAAAUGUGAUGAAGUAAAAGCAAAUGCAGUGCCUCGGCUCUGUGCUCCUGCAGAGGAGGCGGCACUGCCCAAAGACCCGCUGCACGUCCCGCAGCUCUCUGACUUCGGGCUCUCGCAGUACGCCUUCCCCCGGCCCUGGAGCGCCCUGAGGGCACAGCACAGCUCCAGUGCGCGUCAGCUAAAGGCCCAGAGUGACACUCCACUGAGAGUGCCAACGCCUCAGGCUCUGCCCAAAACACCCAAAUGUAAGCUGAAGAUGGAUGACUACGAGUGUGUGACACCGAAGCUUGAGCACUUUGGCAUUAGUGAACAUACCAUGUGUAUGAAUGAAGAUUACACCAUGUCACUUAUUCAGAAAACUUCUCAGGCUAUCAAAAAGUUUGUUAAAAGAGGAGAUGAUAAUGGAGAGAAUUUGCCAGAAAUGACCAUCAAGCAAAUCAUGGUUACUCCUGCAUCAAAAUCAAGUAAGAGAGCUGAGAAUGCAGCAGCUGACUGGAUGGCUUCUCCUAUGGUAUUUGUGUUCUGUACUCCUGAUGUGAAGGACUCUUCCAAAAGAAAUAAUACAGUAUUAUCAAGGUCACCAGAGACCAAGGAACUGCCUCUUCCCAGUCAUGCAGCAACACCACAGUGUCCAGAUUUUCAAACAAGAUGGCUAAAAGCAGAAGCUAAGCAGCAGGUAACACCAGGGGCAAAGCUUGAGUCAGUGACAAAGAAUGAAGCAAAAGAUGCACCAUACAAAGAAGAAAGAAUUCCUUUUGCUGCAAGCUCUCAUGAGUAUCUUAAACAUAGUGAGGACCCUUCCCCUCCCAAACUGGAACACUAUGACCAUUUACUCAAUACUCCUCCACCUCCAGAAAUAACAAGGAUACCAGAUAAUGUUCUAAAGAUGCUUUCCCAAUAUAAUCAUAAGGUAGACUCUUUUAAAGCCAAGAAAAUUGAGACCAAGGCAGGAAAUACUGCAAGAUAUGAAAGUGGUUCCAGGGAUUACAGCAACAAAGAGAACAGAGGAUAUCGUGGAGUUUUCAAGACAAACAUGUGAAAUGAAACUGAAGACCGUGUUGAAACUUUCACAUUCAUGGAUCUUAUCACCAAAUCAUAACAAGUUCAAAAAGCAAAAGGAAACACUGGUGGGAAGAAAGAGCCAUACAGAGAACAGGCUUUUUUAAUGGAGAACAAUUCUUUAUCCAUGAUGUGGAUGUACUUGUUUGAACUAACAGCUUGUGCUUAAUACUCUAUUGACAUUAUUGGCAAAAUGAGGGGUUGUAAAUAUAUUGCACUUCAAAGAAGAAUGGAGAUCCAUGUACAAGGUGGUGCUUCAGUUGUUUGUUGUGUGGGAUUGCAUUUGCAGUAGGCUGUAGAGAGUGCAGUUAGACUGUAAUAAAAGGAAAGUCCAGUAUAUUGCUCUCAAAAGUGGAUAUCUCUGGCUGUUCCAGUGACUCUGCAUCCUUUCAGGGCUGAAGUCUGGUGCUUCAACAGUAUUUGAUAUCUUCAACAGAAACAAGUAAAUUUGUUUUGUAUUGGAAGAGUAAUUCCUGCUUGACUGUUUAAAGCAGUUCUGUGCUUUUAGUCCUUUCUGCAGUGCUAAGAUGUAUCUGACACAUCCCUGCACCAGACUGACUGUUACCUCUCUGGCAGACAGGCAUUUCCCAUGCAGCUUCUUCCUUUAUGCAUCAACAUAGUAUCAGGUGCUAUGCAUCUGGUUUCUUUGUAGCUCUGGAAGGUGACUCCGGCUCUACUGUGAAUCCUUUGAAAUGUGCAAUUGUUACUGGUUAUGUGUAUCUUAAGCUGCUUGGAAGAAUUUGGUGGCAGGCCUGUAGGUGAUUGCUUCCUCUCCUGCUGCUGCCGUGUGUAUUCUCUUCAGUGCUGGUAUCACUUCUAAAUGUGCACAUCUAACCCUGUAGUAGCUGACCAAGCUGAAGUUCUCAGAGCUGUUUGGAACUCUUUUGGUAGUCAUAGGAAUUAGGAUUUUUUUUCUACCAGCACUUUUAUUGUUUUCCACCAGAAAAACCCAGCUCCAUAUCCUUGUUAGGAGCCAGUUUGCUGUUUCCAGUGUCAGCUGUUCCUCUAAGUGACUCCAGGACUGUUCUUACUAUUUGUCUUCCAUUUGAUGACUGAAAUUCUGUCAUUUAUGUGAGGGCAAACAUGCAACACAUGAGAAGGGAGAGACUAUCACAGGAGAUGGGGAUAAGUGGAUGUUUUUCUGAACUCAGCUUCACAUUUUUUUUAAGUCUUCAUGAUAUGCAAAUGUCUAGAGAAGCCCACAAGUAUUUCUUCAUUUGUUUAGACAGCAAGCCAGAUAGCCUUUUAACAUUAAAUGGAACAAGCAGCACUACUACAGGCCUUGCUGUAUUCCCCCUGCCUUCAACUAAUGAAACUCACAAAAGGGCUUAGAGAAGUCUUUUCCCUAAACUUGAGAACAACUCAGCACUCCACUGUGCUUUCCUCCAUUAGGGAAGUGUGGAGCUGUACCUUGCAGUGCUGGGUUUCUCACUGCAAGGCACUUGCAUAAUUUUGCUUGCCUAUUAAAAUUUUCUGCUACACAUUAUUAACUAAUAAUUAUCUUCAAUAUAAUAAUUGAAAUCUUAGAGUCUUCUGGUCUACUCAAGCUGUUGUGACAUGAUACAGGGAUGAGACGUUUUGGAAUAAAGAAAUGAAG